CAUCACGGCGAGGCCGGCUGAGCGGAGCCAUUCACGACUGUACUCCUACCCACGACUGCGUGCGCGACAUUUACAGCACCAUUCGCAGGCUCUUAUGAUCUUACCUUUCCACCACCUCCUCCAUCACCAGCGUCCCAUCUGGAGACGUACGCCUAUCGAGCUAUUCAAUCGCAAUCUGAACUCGACAUCAGCCACGCAUCGCUGGCUAUGAUCGAGUGCACCAAGAUGAAGGGUGCUCUGGACGCUGCCAUCGAUGGCAUCUCCAGGGCCACUCCUCUACUCAUGGCUGCGUUCGUGCUGCUAGCCAUUCCACAAUCAGCCCGCUACAUGGUCAACCUCAAGAGGGCUUUGCACGCUUACGAUGACCAGGUCCCAGCUAAAUCCGGUUGGACCUUCAAGAAGCUUCAACCCCACAUUUUGAUCCGCAUGCUCGCGGCUUUCUUGGCUCUCGCACCCUUGGCUAUGGAGGCUUUCCUCUUUAUUACGCCUACACUCGACGCCAAGGCUCAUCCAAUCGUUCAGCAAGCCCGACUCACGAUUCCACCCUUGUUCCUCGCCCUAUCCUUUUGGCUCACCAUGUUCUCGGCUUGCUAUAGAGUUGCGGUGCGCAAGGGGUAUCUGCGUCGAGCCGUCGGUCGAUCUUUGCACACCGAUGAGCGUCAAGCAGGUGGUGCUUGCACCGCCGACCUGCUCACUCGCGAACCCAAGUGGCAUGCGCGUCGCUUCCUUCUCUGGGCUAUCGUCGCUCUCGCGUACGCUUGGAUCUACACUCGAAUGGUCUAUCAUGAAAUUCUCGAUGGACGUCUUACCAUGCUUCUCGUCGGCUUGAACGCUUCGACGGUGGCUCUCAACGGGCUCCGUGGACCUCUGGUCUUGCGCCAGCACUCGUCCUUCAGGGGCAUGAUCAUUGUCACGUGGGGCUAUUUGGCUGUUUGCUUCUUGCCUGGAAUCAUUGCUGCCGUGGUGGAUUCCUUCAGCGAGGCAAAGACCAAGGCGCCCAAAGCCGAGCCUGCCAGCAGCUCUGGGCAGGAUGGAUGGAUGAAGCCCAUCGUAAGCGCUCUCACUACUUGGUCCGAUGCUUUCGACAAAGACCUGCCCAUCGCUCAGUUCAUGUGCAUCAUCGCUCCCUUUAUCUGGGCCUUUUGUUUGAUCAUUCCUGCCCAAAUGAUCCUGCUCGGCGCACGCUUCGACCUGGGAGAACUUACCGUCCCAGAUGCAGAUGAGGCCGACGCGGCCCUCGUACAAUCGACCGUCGUUCGCCGAGAGCGCUUCGAGGCUCAGGCAGCUCUGCGAGCUGAGCGCAACGGUACGCAAAGCGAGACCACGGAGCGCACGGCCUUGCUGGACGAGAAGCUGCCGUUGAUGCCCGAGAACAAGAUUACGGUGGAGGACCGUCUAGGUCGUAUCCCCAUCCUGAUGGAGAGCAUCGCCCUUCCCAACUCCGCCUUUGCUCUUCGCACACUUCCGACUUUCAGAUCUGGCUUCCUGGCUCUGCUUAUCUGCUGGCUUAGCGGUCUGAUCGCUGUGCUCAGCGUCGACGAACUUCCGGCAGCCACUUUUCCAUUGUCUUCGACCGGCAUGCACAAGGCACUGGAGAGAUGGGCCGAAAGCGUGGGUUUCGUAGCAGUCAUUUCUAUCCUCUCCAUCAUCGUCGUUCCUGUAGCCAUGCUCAUCGCUGCCUGGCAGCAUGGUCAGGCGAGAGGUGGAGCGAAAGGCCUGUGGAAGUACAGCGAAAAGUGGGAGAAACCGGGAUACGUAAGAGCUGACCUGGCCGAUGCCCAGGUUGAAGAAGCCUAGACCGCCGGGGAGAUGCUCCGAAGGCUUGAGCGCUCGUCAGGAUCUCGAACCUGCACGACUUCGCUUCCUUACUUCUCUCAUUCGUCCCUCGUCUUCGCCGGCGUGUUUUGUUCAUUGUACUACGAAAUUUGAUUCUACGAUUACUCUCCGCCCUCUCCCUCUGUCUUUCUCUUUCACUCUCUCACUCUCUCUCUCACUCUCGCUCUCUCUCGCGUGUACCCAUGUACAGCCGCUUGCUCACGACGUAGGUCUCAAUAUCAAGAUACAAUCUCUGAC